UGGACUGCAUUGUUAGCCAUGCUGGGCCGCAUGCAGUCUGCAGGCCAUGGGUUGGACAUGCCUGCUUUAGAGAGCUCCUCAAGAUUGAAAGUAUAUUUCUGAAAGUGAAAAUCAGAGGAAGUAGCAGCUGAUGUAAAGAGAAGUAUACUAAGGAUCAUUACUUGGGGAUAUUUUUUAAGAUGUGGUGAAGAGCCUCUGUUUUCACCUGUACAGUUUACAGUGCCUUAAAAAUGGGGUUUGGAAGUGACUUGAAAUAUUCUCAUGAUGCUUUAUUAAAACUGCAAGACUGGGAACUACGACUGCUCGAAACGGUCAAAAAAUUUAUGGUCAUGCGUGUAAAAAGUGAUAAAGAGUAUGCUUCCACUUUACAGAAUCUUUGUAAUCAGGUAGAUAAAGAAAGCACUUGUCAGUUGGAUUAUAUCAGCAAUGUAUCCAAGUCUUGGUUGCUUGUAGUACAACAAACAGAACAGCUGAGCAAAAUAAUGAAGACACAUGCAGAAGAUCUUAAUUCUGGGCCUUUACAUAGACUUACAAUGAUGAUCAAGGAUAAGCAGCAAGUGAAGAAGAGUUAUAUAGGGGUUCAUCAACAAAUUGAAGCAGAGAUGUACAAGGUCACAAAGACAGAACUUGAGAAACUAAAAUCUAGCUAUAGACAACAUAAAGAAGUAAAUUCUGCCAAAGAAAAGUAUAAAGAAGCCGUGGCUAAAGGAAAGGAGACUGAGAAAGCCAAAGAUCGAUGUGAUAAAGCCACUAUGAAGCUUCAUAUGUUGCAUAAUCAGUAUGUAUUGGCACUGAAAGGAGCACAGUUGUAUCAGCACCAAUAUUAUGACACUACGCUUCCUCUGUUGCUUGAUUCACUACAGAAAAUGCAAGAAGAAAUGAUUAAAGCUCUAAAAGGAAUCUUGGAUGAGUAUAGCCAGAUCACCAGUCUUGUUACAGAAGAGAUUGUGAAUGUCCACAAGGAGAUCCAGACUUCUGUUGAACAGAUAGACCCUAAUUCUGAGUAUAAUGACUUCAUAGAUACUCACAGAUCUUCAGAAGUUGUUGAACAAGAAAUAGAAUUUGAUACAUCCUUAUUAGAAGAAAAUGAAAACCUUCAAGCUAAUGAGAUCAUGUGGAAUAACCUAACAGCAGAAAGUUUACAAGUCAUGUUAAAAACAGUAAUAGAAGAACUCAUUCAAACACAGCAAACACUUUUGAGCAAAGAGGAACUUGUGUUGGAACUAGAGAAAAAAAUAGAAGACUCUUCUAAGACUUGUGAAAAGAAGUCAGAUAUUGUUCUCUUGCUGAGCCAAAAGCAAGCACUGGAGGAACUUAAACAAACUGUUCAGCAAUUAAGAUGCUCUGAGGCUAAAUUUGCAGCCCAGAAAGAGCUACUGGAACAAAAAGUGCAAGAGAAUGAUGGGAAAGAACCACCACCUGUAGUGAACUAUGAAGAAGAUGCCAGAUCAGUCACUUCUAUGGACAAGAAGGACAAAGUUUCAAGAUUUGAUACUAUACGUCACUCCAUAGCUGGAAUUAUAAGGUCUCCAAAAUCCAUGUUGGGCUCAUCAUCAUUCUUUGAUGUGAUAUCAACCACAGAGAAACCAUUGGCAGAACAAGACUGGUAUCACGGUGCAAUUCCAAGAAUAGAAGCCCAGGAGCUGUUAAAACAGCAAGGAGACUUCUUGGUGCGAGAGAGCCACGGGAAACCUGGUGAAUAUGUCCUUUCUGUGUUUUCAGAUGGACAACGGAGACACUUUAUCAUACAAUAUGCUGAUAAUCAAUAUCGUUUUGAAGGAACUGGAUUUCCAACUAUUCCUCAGCUCAUAGAGCAUCAUUAUACAACAAAGCAAGUUAUUACAAAGAAAUCCGGUGUUGUUCUGCUGAAUCCUGUUGUGAAGGAUAAGAAAUGGGUUCUCAAUCAUGAGGAUGUCACACUGGGAGAAUUACUUGGCAAAGGUAAUUUUGGUGAGGUAUAUAAGGGAACGUUAAAGGAUAAGACACCUGUUGCUGUAAAAACUUGUAAAGAAGAUCUUCCUCAGGAAUUGAAAAUCAAAUUUCUGUCAGAGGCCAGAAUACUCAAACAGUAUGAUCAUCCUAAUAUUGUAAAACUCAUAGGAGUUUGCACACAAAGGCAACCUAUUUAUAUUGUUAUGGAACUUGUUCCAGGAGGCGAUUUCCUGUCCUUUUUAAGAAAAAAGAAGGAUGAGCUGAAAACCAAACAGUUAGUGAAAUUUUCAUUAGAUGCUGCUUCCGGUAUGGCGUACCUCGAAUCGAAAAAUUGUAUACACAGGGAUCUGGCUGCAAGGAACUGCUUGGUGGGUGAAAGCAACAUACUGAAAAUAAGCGACUUUGGAAUGUCUCGUCAAGAGGAUGAUGGCGUAUAUUCAUCAUCAGGCUUAAAGCAGAUUCCUAUCAAGUGGACUGCCCCAGAAGCCCUCAACUAUGGGAGAUACACAUCAGAGAGCGAUGUAUGGAGCUUUGGAAUUCUUCUGUGGGAGACGUUCAGUUUAGGAGUAUGCCCAUAUCCUGGAAUGACCAACCAACAAGCACGAGAACAAGUUGAGAAAGGUUACCGAAUGUCAGCACCACAAAAAUGCCCAGAAGAAAUAUAUAAAAUAAUGCAGAGAUGCUGGGACUACCAUCCCGAGAAUCGACCAAAAUUCAGUGAGAUUCAGAAAGAGCUAUCUUCAAUCAAAAAGAAAGUGACAUAGUGAUAUACUGGUGCCAAACUCAAUAUGUGGGACUUAAUUUUCCAUUGAAGUAUUUUUUCCCCUAAAACAUUAUGCGUUUAUACAACAUUAUUUGCAAUAUUCAUUUAGGAUUACUUUAAAAUUAACUGGUUUUUAUAUACAUGUGUACCAUCCUGAAUUAUGUCUACACCUGCAUUAAAGACAUAUACUGCCAAAUGCUAUAUAUCCACAGUACUAUUGUCAUUUAGGUUACAUGUAAAUAGGAAAGCACAUACUGUAGAUUUAAGGAACUGUGGCUUUUAUGUGUUUUACAGUAAGUAACUGCUAAUGACAUUUUUCAGAGUUUUUCUACUUAACGCAGUCUUCGCACUCUGCUGUCCCUGUCUCAGUUGUCAACACCAGCAGCUCUCUAACAUGGUGACUGUGUCAUGCAUGUUGGCCUUAAGACUGAAGACAGUUUUGACAAGUAUUUCAGUCAGAAAUUUUUGUAUUUUUCAAAUUCUGUCUGCAUUUUAUUUUUUUUUUAACGAUAGCUUGUUUCAAGUGUAAAGGUCAAUUAGAUUCUGGAUGUAAGUCUGCUUACCAAACAGCAAAAUCCGGAAAUUUCUUCUGUGGAAAACUGAGCUACGUGUUCAUUUCUUACCGUGCUAUAGUAAGUUCUUAUGACUUUUUAUGUUAUUUACCUGUGUCCUUUACUCUACCCCUCUUUUUCCUAUGAAGCCAUCAGAAUUUAGUAAUGUGUCUCUUUUAAUUACCUACGUUUGUUUAAGAAACAAACAAACAAAAUAACAGUUAUUGAGUACAUUCGUUGUUAAGAAAUACUGCAAAUCGUCUGUCUUCCAAAGAAUAGGUAAAAAUGAUAGGCCAACGGAAAGAGAUUUGCUACUGAUAGCAGCAUUGUAAUAGGUGACCAGUAGCAUUGAUCUUAGAGGAGUUAAAGAAUGUGAAUUUCUAGAUUUACUUUCAAUCCUGAUUUUUUUUCCCUUAAAUUGGCAAUAACCCUCAGUGUGCAGUUGGAGCUUUUAAAAGGUUACAUAAAAAAAAGCACAUUCCAUGCAUAGUGUUGAUGGGAAAACACUAUGUUUAUAUGGCAUGAGAAAUUAUCCAAGAAACCCAAAUAAGAACGUAUAUUUUAAGUCUGUGACAGGUGGAACAAGGCAGAGUAGAAAUACUAACCUUCUAAAUUUUUAAAAUCAUUACAAUCAGGUUUUAAAAGAUGGGGGAUAGACAAAUUGUAAAUGUCACCAAAAAUAAAGGAAACUUGUUAAAAGAAAAAAAAAAGAAAAAAAAAAAGACAACAAAAACAACAGGAAAAUAACCCACGUAAAAGUCUCAAGCUGAAAACCCAAAAAUUCGUUGUCAAGUUCUGAAUGGUCUUUCUAGUGUUGCUCCUGAUCCUUCACUGAAGCAGAUAUUGCAGCUGUGAUUUCAGCUCUGUUCCUUUCUCAGCAUUGCAUAUUUGUGCUUUAUUAACACUCAGCUUCACUUGCAGACUUGGCUUGGUGAGAGUGUUCCUAAAUUGCCACUAUCUGGAAUUGCGAUCUAGUUUUAGGAGUACAAAACCUUACAGACCAAGUACAAAGCUGACGUAUAUGAGUUCUGAGAGGUGCAUCUUCCUCCAUUUAAAUCAUCCAAAAAGUUAAAGCGUUUCUGCUUCUUAAAAGAAAAAUCAGAGGUUCCUUCUAGAUUACACGUGUUGAUAACAUGUGCAAGAAACUUCUACCACUAAAAAAGCACAGAUCCACGUUAUCAUCUCUGUGUAAUCAGCUCAGUCUUUCCUAACAUAUGAAAAAAUCCCUAAUUAUCAAAGUCAGUUGUAAUAUGAAACGCUUAUUUUGUUAUGUAAACUAGUUCACUCAGAUCCUGUGCUUAAAUUAUUCAAGAUCCUUCCACUGCUCACAGAGAGGUGUGUGGGGGGUAAUUCCAGCUGAGCUCUGCUGUAGUGCUCUGCGCCCUGCGUCUCUGAACUGUUCUUUAGUUCUGACACUGCCACAUACCACACAUGGAGCCUGUCACAUAACUCAAGGAAGUUACUCUUGCGACAGAAAAGCUUCAAAUAUCUCUCUGGCUUAGUUUGAUUCAAAAAUGUUUUAGUGCCAUUAUACCCUCCUGUGGCAAAGUGUUUAUAUGAAGACUGAACUAACUGUGAAUUAAGGUGAAGCGCAUUGUCCAAACUGUUUCCAAUCAUGCUACAAAUCCUGGGUGUAUCAUGAAUUGUACAUACCAUAAAAGACACUGAAAAACAGCAUUCCUGACUGCCUGUUUUGUGAUACAGAGCGUCCUGCUCACACUGGAAAAAUUAUGAAGCUAAUUGCACUCCCGGAAAAAAGGAUGAUUUGCUGUCAGACUAGAUUCAAAAUGCUAUCUUUGAAAUUAGUAGCAAUGACUUAAUUCUGACUAAACAUCCUUGUACAUAUGCCUUCUAAUUGCCAGGAAUUUCCUCUGAGUAUUGAUUUGCAUUAUUUAUAUCCAUUUUUCUUUUAGAAAUUUGACUUCCAUAUGUGAUACAAUGUUUACUUACACUGGUAGUUUUACCCACUACCUCCAAAUGCUGAGACAUGCAGCUUCAGGAGCUGAGCAUUGCUCAGUCUGCAAAUUCUGCAGGGAGUCAGUCUUCCAGGAGGUGUCCAAGUUGAUACAUCUUAAGGCUUUUUAAAGAUCAGCAGAAGUAAUUGUUUCAGUUCAAACCUGUUACAGUAUUAACAGCAAUCUUCCUGAUAGGAAAUACCACUAUAGUAGAAGCAUUUGCAUUUUAUUUGAAUUGGACAAGAGGGUAGAACUCUUCAGUGCAAAAGUAUAGUUAGUUGCACCACUCUAGUGCAAAGGUGUAGCUCUCACCAUGAAAGUGAAUUGCUAGAUUCCAACUAAAAUGGCUAGGUGCUCUUGGCCAUUCCGGUACGUGGCGUGGAUGCAGCCAGUUUGCUGUAGGAAGGGCCUUGCAGUCUGCAAGGGACACUUCUGUAGAACACUUAAUGCUCGCUGCAGUCUACCAACAAACCUGCUGUUGAGGGGAAGCUUGCUGCAUGGUGAGUUGUGGCUGAUCGCUGGCAUUGCCUGAGGUUGUGCAUAAGGAGAGAGCAACAGCAUUAUUUCAUUAUCAGUAUCCAGGCAAACAGAAGAGGAAAUAUGCAAGGGGGAGCUGGUAUUCUCUUUCCUUCCAUCUUCUGUUUGGUCAUGUUACAGAUCCAAACCUCCAAUGUUUGGAUUCAUAUUCCUGCUGUUGUGUAACCUGUAACUGACAGGUUAACCUGUUGGGUUUUUUAUCCAAAAAACAUGUAAUAGGAAGAAACAGGUUCAUUGUACAGGACACGAAAGUCAGGCGGAUUCCUGAAAGGAAAUGCUGAGGACUGAAACCCCAUUUUUCCCUUCUAUAAAAGGACUGGAUAGUUACAUGCAUAUCCAAAGGACUCCCAGAGAGUAGUCUGGGGCUAACCGUUCUAGGAUGCCUGUUUCAGUUGCAUGUGUUUCUUUUCCUUUGUGCCAUUGCAGCAGCUGGGAAUGGCAGAGGGGCACUGAGGGAGGCCUGGGUCACAGAACUACAUGCAAUGGACCCUCGACACCACUGAUCCUGAGUGGGGUACAGCUCGCAAACAAACCUUCUUUUCCAGUUUGUGCCUGAGUUAAACACCAGCAAGUUUAAUAUCAGGUAAAGCACCUUUUAUGCUCCUUGUUGUUUAAAAAUAAUACAUUUGUGAAAUAUUGGUAAUACAUAACACUGGAAAUGAGUGCAUGGAUAGUAACACAUGUAAAAACAAACAAAAAAUACCCACAUCACAAGUUCAUCUGACUUUUAAGCAAGACUGAAAAUGAUGACUAUGUAAUACAGUUGCCAGUUGUCUGUCCUUUAUAAUUUUAAAUAGAUUUGCAAUCUAACUCCAUUUAUUUGCCAUUUUUUAAUAUACUUUAAGGUUACCCUUUUGAACUUCAGCUAACUUUUUUAUUUUCCUAGGCUGAUACAAAACAGAGUUCUUGUAAACUGCAGGCCAAUUUUGAAUAAUGCUCUGUCUUUUCUCAUGGACAAGUUACAUGUCCCCUUUUUACUGUACUCUUCCAAUAAAUGUAAAAUAUCUGUA